AAUUAGUAGUCAAUAAAAACAGCUGGGUUUCGUUGACCAAAAAAAAAUCAAUGGACGAAAUUAAUAGGUACGUGAAAGUCUCAUUUCAGUAGCUUUCUUAGAAAUUCAUCAACCACUGUAUUUUUUUUCUUCCUCAUCUCUGCUGAGUUUCCUCACAAACACUACCGAUCUCUAGCCUUCUCUCUCUCAGGAUUCUCUUGCUUCUAAUUAAGCCUUUGAGAUCUGAUCUGAAUUCAGUUGUGUCUUUGGAAUCUUUCUCUGCGUUCAAGCAAAAUGGCUGAAAUUGCCCUCACAUUCCUUGGCCCUGUUCUAGAGGAAGCACUUUCCAGGUUGACUUCAUUUGUUGCUAGUUUGCUCGAGAAAGCACGAGGUUUCGAGGGUGAGGUGAUGAGACUUAAACAUUUACUUGAGUUCAUCCAGUCUGUGGUCGAAGAUGCCGAGGCGAAACAAGAAAGUAAUGGGUCUAUAAGGCGUUGGUUAGAAGAACUCAAAGAUCUAGCUUAUGAUGCGGUGGAUGUACUUGAGGAGUACGAUUAUGAUCGUCAUCAUCAGAAAGUUCAAACUCGAGGCAUAAAGCAGAAAAUGAUGGCACUCACCUCUUUUACCUCCGGUUCUCGUAUUGAUGACAAAAUUAAGGACAUUAAUGUGCGCUUUGAUAAAUUAAAAGAGCGUGCAGUUCCACUUAAUCUAGCAUCGAGAUAUCAGUGCCAUCCAACUGCUAGGCAAUAUCCCAAGACAGACUCCUUUCUUGAUAAUUCAAAAGUUGUUGGAAGGGAUGGUGAUAUCUUGGGAAUUCUUAGCUUGUUGGACAACUUAAAGAGGGACCGUCCCAUCGCCGGUAUCUCUAUAGUAGGCAUGGCGGGCCUCGGGAAGACAACAAUGGCAAGAUCAAUAUACAAGAAGGCAAAGGAAGAAAAACUCUAUGAUCUUGUAGCGUGGGUGUGUGUCUCUGAGGACUUCAAUGGCCAAGCAAUCUUGGGGGAGAUGUUAGAACACUUUAAGGAUGGUGGUGCUUCAAGGAACAAUAUCAAUGUACUGCUUCAAGAUCUUGCCAAAGUGCUAGACAACAAGACUUUUCUUCUAAUUCUUGAUGAUGUGUGGAAUGAAGAUCAGUCCAAGUGGGAUGAUUUCAGCUCUCGUCUCUCCAGAAUUUUGAAGACAACUGGGAAUUCUAUUGUUGUAACAACUCGUAGUUUACAAGUAGCAUCUGUGAUGGAGAGACUUCCUAUGCAAAACUAUGAAAUGCAGAAGCUAUCAGAUGGGGAAUGUUGGUCGAUAAUUGAGGAGACAGUUCUCAUAUCAUCUGCAGAAACUUCAAUUUCUUUGGAACUCAAAGCUAUUGGACAAGAAAUUGCCAAACAGUGUGAGGGCUUGCCACUAGUUGCAGCAGUCAUUGGAGGAACACUGAGCCAUCAAAUUGAUACAGAUAAGUGGUUGGCUAUCAGAAAUAAUAAUGCAUGGAAUUUAGAUUCCCAUGAUAGAAAUAAGAUUUUAUCCGAUUUUGUCAUUGAAAAAGAUGAUUUAGUUCAACUUUGGAUGGCUCAAGGAUUUCUGCACCAACCUAAUGAGAGCUCAAUGACAACGGAGGAUGUUGGUAAUGAGUGCUUUAUUGAUUUAUUAUCUAACUCCUUAUUUCAAGAUGUGAAAAAGGACGAAUAUGAGAAUAUCAAAUCUUGCAAGAUGCACGAUGUAGUGCACGAUUUGGCGUUAUUUGUUUCGAAAGGUGAUACUUUUGUAUGGGAGACUGGUUGCAAAAUUGACCAAAAUGCUAAAAUUCGACAUUUGAGAGUUAAGCAUGAUAGAAAUGAGUGUCUAAUCAUUCCAAGAGGAGUUGCUCAAAGGUUGCAUUCUUUGUUCUUGGAAGAGGUUGAUGUUUUGAAUUCUAAUGCUUCUGAUCUCAAAAGCUUGCGAGCUUUAAAAAUAGUUGGAGCUAAGGGGAAAUGGUUGCCAGAUGCUUUUAGCAGCAUGAAACAUUUGAAAUACCUUGACAUCUCAAAAAGCCAAAACAUUAAAGCACUACCAAAAUCCUUUUUCAAGCUCUACAAUUUGCAGGCUUUUAGACUAAUGCAGUUAUUUGAUCUGCAGAUGCAUGAUGAUAUGAGAAAUCUAAUCAACUUAAGACAUAUUUGUUUUGAUGGUCUCAGAUGUAUGCCAACAAGGAAGAUUGGGAAGUUAACAUCCCUUCAAACCCUAUCAGUAUUCUUUGUGGGCAAAGAAAAGGGAUAUAGUACAAUUGCUGAACUUGGACCAUUAAGUCAACUUGGAGGAAAAUUGAAAAUUUAUGGCCUUGAGUCCGUGAAAUCUAGAGCGGAAGCAACUAGAGCGAAGUUGGAAGAGAAGAAAAAUGUGCAUGAGUUAGAAUUCAACAGGGGAAGAACUGAAAUAGGCAACAACAAUAUUGAUGACGAGGUUCUAGAAGGUCUUCAGCCUCACUCAAAUUUGAGAAGCUUAAAAAUUGAUGGUUAUAAUGCAAAAAGGCUUCCAUCAUGGAUGGAGAAGGGUAUCAAUUUAUCUGAUGAUUCAUUUCCACUCAAAAAUUUGUUGAAAUUGCAAAUACAUAAUUGUUUUGAAUGCACGGAUAUUUUCUGUUUGGGAUUGUUACCUAGUCUCAAGAUUCUUGAUAUUUCAAUGGCAAAGGUAAAGCAUAUGGGUAGCAAGUGUUGUCUUAACAGAAACAAACUGGCGAGUAGUAGCUAUGGUGGGGGAGAGUCAAUCACAUGGUUCCCUGCUUUAAAAACACUCACUAUAUGGUCCAUGGGAAGCCUAGAGGAGUGGGUAGAAAUAGAAGGUGUGGUUGUGUUUCCUUGCCUAGAGACGUUGUUUAUUUGGAGUUGUCCUAUGUUGAGGACUUGGUCGAUCAAUGAAUUUUCAACUCACCACAAGCUCUCUGAGCUACGGAUAAGCUUGUGUCCGAAUCUGGUGACUCUUACAAACAUGGAUGACCUGCUCUCUCUUAAAACAUUAUCAAUUUGUAGUUGUGAAAAACUAAUUAGUCUGCCACGUGGGCUGGGAUCUUGCAUUUCUCUUCAGAGGUUGGAUAUUUGGAACUGCCCCAAUCUAAUUUCUAUUGCAGAAGAUAUCAGAAGAUUGCAUUCCCUUACUUCUUUGACUAUUCUUCAUUGCGGAAGUCUAAGGAGCAUUUCAGAGGAGUGCCUUGGUUGCUUCACUAGCUUGAAGGAGUUGGAAAUGGGUCCUUUCUGGUCAGAGUUGGAGGAAUUCCCUGGGCUUAGUUCCAUCCAUCACCUUCACGCCUCCCUUGAAGUUUUAGAAAUACGUGGAUGGAAUAAAUUAAAGUCUGUUCCACAUCAACUUCAACAUCUCACUGCCCUUAAGAAAUUGAAGAUGUAUGGAUUCAAUGAGGAAGCUUUGCCUGAGUGGUUGGGAGACCUGUCUUCUCUUGCUUCCUUGAGCAUUCAGUCAUUCAACAAAUUGAAGUGCUUAGGCAGGCUCACCUAUUUGAAGCAGUUGGAAAUGGGUCCUUUUUGCCAGGAAUUGGAGGAGUUUCCAUUCCCAGAACUCAGUUCUGUUGCCUCCCUUGAAAGGCUAUCAUUGCGUGGAUGGGAUAAACUAAAGUCUCUGCCUCAUCAGCUUCAACAUCUUACUGCGCUCAAGCAGUUGGCAAUAAUCAGAUUCAGCGGUGUGGAAGCUUUGCCAGAGUGGUUGGGAAACCUCACAUCUCUUCAACAGCUUGGAAUUUAUUAUUGCCCUAAUCUAACUCAUCUUCCUGUUGAAGCCAUGCGAGGCCUCUCCAACUUACAUUCUAUUCGUGUUCGCUCUUGUUCCAAAUUAAAGGAAAGAUGCGAAAGAGAGAUUGGCCCUGAAUGGCAGGAUAUUAUUAGCUUUAACUGGGGUUUCGCUGAUGGAAUUGGUGGUAUGGUAAUUCCACCAGAGUUGAAACCCUACGAGAGUGUGUUUGGGGACACUGCAGGAAUUUGAUGUAUCUGCCUUCUGUUGAAGCCUGCUGCAGAUCGAACUUACAAUUCCAUGACAUUUUGGCAUUAAUUGAAGGAAAGGUGGUGCUCAGAGUGAUAAAGCUGUGAUUUUUCAGAUAUUUAUUGUGUUUGCCAUACUCUUGCUUGGUGAUUUCAGUUUGAUGAUAAAGUAACUGUUGAGCUGCCUUGUUUGCUGGAAUUUUACUUUUAUACUCACUGUAAACAAAAACAUCAGAACUUCAUCAAAUCCUCCGAGUAACUUGGAAAAGAACCAAGGGAACCAUGCUGACAGACUAUCAAUCACACCAUCAUAUCAGAAGAGGGAGCGUUGGAACAUGUUCCCAUGGCUACCCAGAUGAUGAUAGCCUGUAGCAGUGAAAAUGCUAUCUCAAUCAUCUGGUUAGGAGUAUGAGGAAUUUCAUGGAGAUGUCUUCACCUUUGACCUCUAAAGUACUCUGUGGCUCCAAUAAAUUUAGAUUUCAACU